CCCUCUCUCCCUCCCUCCCAAUUCUUAUCAAAAAUAAGAGAGAAAGAAGAAAGACAAUAAUAAUGGAGACGAUGAUCAUCACCAGAUCGACGGCUGAGAAUGAAGCUCCGUGGCGCUUCGUGAUCGAGCCAUCGGAGGUGGAUGAGAUGAUGAAGGAGCUCGGGCUCUCGUCGGUGAUGGAGCUCUUGCCAACGCUGGUACCAGCGGCGAAGAAGAUGGCCAGGACACCCAUCUCGAGAUUCCACGUCGGCGCCGUCGGGUUGGGAGAGAGUGGCCGGAUCUAUCUCGGCGUGAAUCUCGAGUUCCCGGGGCUGCCGCUUCACCACUCGGUCCAUGCCGAGCAGUUCCUGAUCACCAACGCCAUCUCACACAAGGAGAGACGCAUCCGCUGCAUCGCCGUCUCCGCAGCGCCCUGCGGCCAUUGUCGCCAGUUCAUGCAAGAGAUCCGCAACGCUUCUGAGAUUGAGAUCCUUAUCACUGGAUCGGAAUCCGGAUCCGAGUUCCGCCCGCUGUCCUCCUUCCUCCCCGAACCCUUCGGCCCCCCUGAUCUACUCCGUGAUGACGUCCCACUCCUCCUCGAACCUCACGAUAACCAUUUCGAGAUGAUCGAGAUGUGCGAUGAAAUCGGUGGGGCUGCGAGGAAUGUGAGACUCGCGGCGGAGAAGGGGGCGAGAGAGGCGCACGCUCCGUACACCGGAUGCCCAGCGGGUUUCGCCGUGGUGGACAGAGAAGGGAGGGUAGCCGGCGGGGCGUACGCAGAGUCGGCAGCGUAUAAUCCGGGGAUGGGACCGACGGCAGCGGCGAUGGUGGCGUUCGUGAUGGCUGGCGGCGGCGAUUGGGAGGAGAUCGAGGAGGCCGCACUGGUGGAGAAGGAGGAUGCCCUAGUUUCGCAAGAGGGCACUGCGAGACUCCUUCUCGCCGCCAUCGCUCCCAAAGCUCGCCUCCGAGUUUAUCACUACCGCACAUCCGAUGCCGAUGAGCUUUGAGAUCCUCGCGAUUGUGACCUGGUUGAUGGACGGUGAGGAUUGUAUGAUUUGUUUCUUUCUUUAUUUAUUUACCUCUCCUUCCAAAUAAGACCAAAAAACAAAAAAAAAAAAAACCAGGUUUCAUACCACAUUCAGUGUAUCACUCUACUUGUUUAUUUAUUAGAAUAAUUUU